AUGACUCACAUCCAGGAUGGAGCAAGGGGUGGAGCAAGGGGUGGAGCAAAGGGGGUGGAGCAAGGGGUGGAGCAAGGGGUGGAGCAAGGGGUGGAGCAAGGGGUGGAGCAAGGGGUGGAGCAAGGGGUGGAGCAAGGGGUGGAGCAAGGGGUGGAGCAAGGGGUGGAGCAAGGGGUGGAGCAAGGGGUGGAGCAAGGGGUGGAGCAAGGGGUGGAGCAAGGGGUGGAGCAAGGGGUGGAGCAAGGGGUGGAGCAAGGGGUGGAGCAAGGGGUGGAGCAAGGGGUGGAGCAAGGGGUGGAGCAAGGGGUGGAGCAAGGGGUGGAGCAAGGGGUGGAGCAAGGGGUGGAGCAAGGGGUGGAGCAAGGGGUGGAGCAAGGGGUGGAGCAAGGGGUGGAGCAAGGGGUGGAGCAAGGGGUGGAGCAAGGGGUGGAGCAAGGGGUGGAGCAAGGGGUGGAGCAAGGGGUGGAGCAAGGGGUGGAGCAAGGGGUGGAGCAAGGGGUGGAGCAAGGGGUGGAGCAAGGGGUGGAGCAAGGGGUGGAGCAAGGGGUGGAGCAAGGGGUGGAGCAAGGGGUGGAGCAAGGGGUGGAGCAAGGGGUGGAGCAAGGGGUGGAGCAAGGGGUGGAGCAAGGGGUGGAGCAAGGGGUGGAGCAAGGGGUGGAGCAAGGGGUGGAGCAAGGGGUGGAGCAAGGGGUGGAGCAAGGGGUGGAGCAAGGGGUGGAGCAAGGGGUGGAGCAAGGGGUGGAGCAAGGGGUGGAGCAAGGGGUGGAGCAAGGGGUGGAGCAAGGGGUGGAGCAAGGGGUGGAGCAAGGGGUGGAGCAAGGGGUGGAGCAAGGGGUGGAGCAAGGGGUGGAGCAAGGGGUGGAGCAAGGGGUGGAGCAAGGGGUGGAGCAAGGGGUGGAGCAAGGGGUGGAGCAAGGGGUGGAGCAAGGGGUGGAGCAAGGGGUGGAGCAAGGGGUGGAGCAAGGGGUGGAGCAAGGGGUGGAGCAAGGGGUGGAGCAAGGGGUGGAGCAAGGGGUGGAGCAAGGGGUGGAGCAAGGGGUGGAGCAAGGGGUGGAGCAAGGGGUGGAGCAAGGGGUGGAGCAAGGGGUGGAGCAAGGGGUGGAGCAAGGGGUGGAGCAAGGGGUGGAGCAAGGGGUGGAGCAAGGGGUGGAGCAAGGGGUGGAGCAAGGGGUGGAGCAAGGGGUGGAGCAAGGGGUGGAGCAAGGGGUGGAGCAAGGGGUGGAGCAAGGGGUGGAGCAAGGGGUGGAGCAAGGGGUGGAGCAAGGGGUGGAGCAAGGGGUGGAGCAAGGGGUGGAGCAAGGGGUGGAGCAAGGGGUGGAGCAAGGGGUGGAGCAAGGGGUGGAGCAAGGGGUGGAGCAAGGGGUGGAGCAAGGGGUGGAGCAAGGGGUGGAGCAAGGGGUGGAGCAAGGGGUGGAGCAAGGGGUGGAGCAAGGGGUGGAGCAAGGGGUGGAGCAAGGGGUGGAGCAAGGGGUGGAGCAAGGGGUGGAGCAAGGGGUGGAGCAAGGGGUGGAGCAAGGGGUGGAGCAAGGGGUGGAGCAAGGGGUGGAGCAAGGGGUGGAGCAAGGGGUGGAGCAAGGGGUGGAGCAAGGGGUGGAGCAAGGGGUGGAGCAAGGGGUGGAGCAAGGGGUGGAGCAAGGGGUGGAGCAAGGGGUGGAGCAAGGGGUGGAGCAAGGGGUGGAGCAAGGGGUGGAGCAAGGGGUGGAGCAAGGGGUGGAGCAAGGGGUGGAGCAAGGGGUGGAGCAAGGGGUGGAGCAAGGGGUGGAGCAAGGGGUGGAGCAAGGGGUGGAGCAAGGGGUGGAGCAAGGGGUGGAGCAAGGGGUGGAGCAAGGGGUGGAGCAAGGGGUGGAGCAAGGGGUGGAGCAAGGGGUGGAGCAAGGGGUGGAGCAAGGGGUGGAGCAAGGGGUGGAGCAAGGGGUGGAGCAAGGGGUGGAGCAAGGGGUGGAGCAAGGGGUGGAGCAAGGGGUGGAGCAAGGGGUGGAGCAAGGGGUGGAGCAAGGGGUGGAGCAAGGGGUGGAGCAAGGGGUGGAGCAAGGGGUGGAGCAAGGGGUGGAGCAAGGGGUGGAGCAAGGGAUCGAGCAAGGGAUCGAGCGAGGAAAGAAAUCACAAGGAAAAUAA